AUGGUCCGACAUUCCCACUUCCAAACAGGCCGAGAGCCACUACAAGACCAAAGUGGCCUAGAAUUAAGAAGAUCCCGCAUCUCAGGUCCAUUGCAUUUCUUGAACCCCACCUGGGCACAUUACACUCUAACCCAGCAACUUCAUGCCAAACACGCAGCACCUGGAGAAGUCCAACCUCAACCACCCAUCGAGCAUCUCUGGCGAUCGCGCGAUAACAGAAAAGGCCGGCAUGCGUUGCGCGUCGAUACCAAGGCAACUCCCCAGGAAACCGGGUACACGGUUCCCCCACUAACACGUAGCACUCACGCCAUAGCAAAAGGCAUUCUUCGCAUGCUGACAUGCGUACCCUACUGGGACGUGUCGUAUCUGGUAGCGAUCGCAUUCACGAUUGGCUCCAUGAUCUGGAUUAUCAACGCCUUCUUCGUCUGGCUACCACUCGAAGUCCCACAGGCUGCUUUCCCGGGUGAAACGCUAACAGGGGGUGGCGUGUCAGGAUUUAUCGGUGCAACUGUUUUCGAGAUUGGAAGUGUGUUGCUAUUGUUGGAAGCUAUCAAUGCAAAUCAGACAGGAUGUUUUGGUUGGGCGCUUGAGUCUGUUUUGUCGAAGACGAAAUCUCAGGAGGAUGGGACUCAUUUACACACGCCUGCAUCUACCAAGGUCACGCCGAGUAUGCGGGAAUGUAGGCAUCACCAUGCGAAUCGGAAGUCGCUGCUUUCCGUGAAUCGUUCCCAUCCUUCUGCCAGUGAUCAUGAGUCUUUGUCGAAUCGUCCUGGUUAUUUUACUUCAUCGCCUGAUGGGAGAUCAUUUCGAUGGAUGCCGUCCGUUUCAGAAUUGCGCUCGCAUUACUUCCGUGAACUGGGAUUUCUGGCAUCUUUGGUUCAAUUCCUUGCUGCAACUAUCUUCUGGAUUGCUGGGUUUACUGGUCUUCCUGGUAUCUAUGAUCACAUGAGUCAAGGCCUUGCUGAUGGUGUAUACUGGGUCCCUCAGAUUGUGGGUGGUUUAGGGUUCGUUCUGAGUGGAUUAUUGUUCACUCUUGAGACUCAAUCCAAGUGGUACAGACCCGCAUGGCAUGUUUUGGGGUGGCAUAUCGGUGUUUGGAAUUUCAUUGGUGGCAUUGGCUUUACUCUGUGCGGUGCACUUGGGCCAGGGAGUAUGCACUCUAAGGUCGAAUACCAGGCAACGCUUGCUACUUUCUGGGGCUCGUGGGCCUUUAUGAUUGGGUCUACGAUCCAAUGGUAUGAGAGUUUGCAAAAGCAUCCUGUUGAGAAAAAGUGA